AUGACUCUCGACAACGGUGUCAGAGUGCAAAGGAAAGGGGUGUACAUGCUUCUUCGCAAAACCACAACAACAGCAGCCUCUAUCGACACCCCGUACCACUGGGGGGUGUUGAUUGCCACGAGCGAAAAGACAGGAGCCUUCUUCCAUCAGAAACGCAACAGGGACAAGUGGACUCUGGCACUCGAAAUCGAAAACAUCAGCACCUCCCUGAACCUUCUCUGCGCCUUGAAGAUUGGUGCCGUGGAGGACUGCUCCAGCUCCUGGAUGAGUGCCAUCGAGGCCUGUAUGCGCCAAACUGAAGUCAGGGGAUAUCUCACCUUCCGCACCUGGGCCCUGGCUGCGGCAUUCGAGCUCGCGGAUGGAGGGUUCAUCGGCAUGCUUCCAUCCUGGGACGAGAUUGCCAAAGUAGAUGCCGAGGCGAAGGUGCUCGCGGGCGAUGCGUGCUCGGAUGGCAACGUCAAAGUCGGCACGAGUGUUGCAGCACGUCUUGAUAACUAG